AUGAUCGCGCACGAGUUCCCGGAGCGGGUGGUGCUCCGUGCCGACGACGAGACGCCCAGCAGCGGCGACUCGCCGGCGACCCCCGCGUGCCGUCCGCCGGCCACCAACGGCGAACUGAGCGCGGCGGAGCGCGGCAAGAUGGGUGAGGGCACCUCAUCCUCGUGCUCGUCUACCACGUCCGGCGAGGACGAGCUGGGCUCGUCACUGCGGCGCCGCGACUGCCGCCGCUACCGUCAGCUGGCGGCGCGCGCGCGCAGUCUGGACGACUCGCCGCCAGCCCGCGAGCCCGGCGUCUCCGAGGAGCCCGCCCUGCCGGACGAGCACCUGUUCGACUUCGGUGACGUCAGCGCCGAUGCGAGUCUCUCCCGCUGCGGCUCGCUGGAGGUGGCCUGCGCCUACGACUCCCCCAGCCGGAAGCUGUCCAUACAGGUCCUGCAGGCCAAGGGCGUCCCGAGCCGUGACCGCGGCGGGGCCAGCAACACACAGGUCCGCCUUGUGUUGCUACCUGGCAAGAAACAGAGAUUACGGAGCAGAAUGCAGCCCGGCGAGGCGCCGCAAUUCAACGAGGCGUUUGUUUUCAACAAGGUCGACCCGGAUGACCUGCCGUCGAUGGGGGUGCGGCUGCGCCUGUACGGCUGUGAGCGGCUGCGUCGGGAGCGGAUGAUUGGCGAGGCAGUGCUGCCCUUCAGCGGCGCCAACGUGGAACAGCAGACGCCUAUGUGGAUCACGCUCCAGCCCAGGGCCAAUAUGACGCUAACGGCAGGUGGCACCACCGGCGAUACGACCUCCCUGUGCCGGAGCGACAGCACCAGCAGCACGCAGAGUAUCCACCACGGCGGCGUGCCGGAGCUGCUGCUGGGCCUGCAGUACAACGCCACCACCGGUCGGCUGGCGGUCGAGGUCAUCAAGGGCUCGCACUUCCGAGCCACGUCGGGCAGCCGAGCGCCCGACACGUACGUGCGGCUGCACCUGCUGAGCAGCAGCGGCCGCGAGCUGGCACGCAGCAGGACUUCAGUCCGGCGGGGCCAGCCGAACCCGCUCUACAAGGAGACCUUCAUGUUCCAGAUCCCGCUCUUUCAACUCUGUGACGUCACCCUCAUGGUCAGCAUCUACAGCAAGAGAAACAUGACGAAACGAGACCUGAUUGGCUGGUUCGGCCUCGGGCACAACAGCUCGGGAAAUGAGGAACGCUCUCAUUGGUCGGACGCGCAUGACGCACGUGGUGUACAAAUAUGCCGGUGGCACCUGCUCUGCGAGGAAUGAUGCAUUCUUGCUCUUCCGUGUCCCGACAACUUUGAUACUCACUCGUCUUGCCACAUCUCUCUUUGUCAUUCUUCCGUUUGGCAUUCGUUCCGCGCUAUUGUCGAGGCAUGCUAUGCUUCACCGUGUUCUGGCAGUUACAUCUACCCGUGGCCCUGACGUCCAUUCGCGCAUUCGUCGCUUGGCGAAUACUGAGAUUAGCGUUUUAAGUCGAAAUCGUCGUGUUGGGAUCCAUAGUUUUGGAAUUAUCCAUGGUAUCAGAAUGUCAUGGGCGGUUGCGGCUGUUAUGGCGCUGUUGUUCUAAGAAGUGUGUGAAUGAAGUGUACUCCUAUUUUACCCGGCGCCGUUUCACUUGUAACCAUUUUGCAUCCACAUCGGCAACCACCGGUCCUUCCGCUGGUCCCGGCAGAACCUGUCGCACUUACUUGACCAAGUAGCUUUCGACAUAUGUUCCGUCGGACGCUGCUGGCAGUCGGUCCACAGGCGUCGCGUGGGCGGGCGUGCCCGGUCCGAGAGCCCCGAGUGCGCUGCCACCUGUUGGCGGCGCGGCGCCGGCCGAAGGCGGCUCCAGAUCCGUCGCGUCUACUGUCCGGGUUGUGAUAUGACUGGGUGGCCGUGUCUGAUCGUCCCCUCGGCCUCCUGACCAGCGGGCAUGCCGCUGACGGCUGGCGGUGGCCAUCGCCCCU